GAGCGAGUUCCAGUUAGUUUAGAGCCUGAGACUGAGGUCCGGGUGUCUUCAGCGAUACCAAAGGUCAAACCCCUUCUUGAACCACCAUCGCUAUCUCCGUCAACGCCAGUAGUACCUAGAUCAGCGGAAGAGAUUGGCAUUUCAUCGGAAGCAAGCACAGUUCGACCGCAAUGGACAAGUGCGGAAGUCGCAUUGCUGAGAAAACUCAAGGAUAUCGACGGUCUUGACUGGAAAGAGAUUAUGGCUCGACUGCCAGGAAGAACGCUAGGCGCCAUUAAAUUCCGUUACUAUACUCAGGGGAGAGCUCGAGAAGAGCCCGCUGCUUGGUCUGCAGACGCCAGUCUAUCACAGCCCAACGCCUUCGAGGCAAGUGCGCCUCUACAGCAGCCGACUCCACCAAAUUUACGGGAGACUCAGCGUGCAGCACCAACUGUAAAAGCGCCGACUGCUGGAGUUAAGAUGUCCAGCAGCCAGUAUACCGCUGCAGAUAAUGCGCUGCUCAAAAGGCUGAAAGAGGUUGACAAGCUCAAGUGGCCUGAUAUUCAUGCAUAUUUCCCCGAAAGGUCGCUUGGGUCUCUACAGGUACAUUACUCUACCAAGGUCAAAGCUGCGGAUCUCGAUUUGUCCAAAGCUCCAGAAUUGCAUAGAACCGACUCGCAAGACACUGUUCUUGUUCGCAGCAAACGCUCAAGGAAGAGUAAAGUUGCUGAUGGCUUCAUCUCGUGGGCUGAUGCACGAAGUCUCAUGAGGGAUGGUCCCGAUAUCGAAGAUGACAGGGAGGAUAUGACUCGCAAUGCAGCCACCCCUGGACCUUUGGAUCAGCAGGACAGUGCCUUUCCGCAGACGGUCAGUCGCAUCCUUCGACAGCGAGAAAUCGGCAACAUCACAGGGGCUCGAGCAUGGACAGCUACGCGCUGUACAUUGCCUGACGAACUGAAGAACACUGUGUGCAAGGAUUAUACCUUGCAACAGUACUACCAUGGAACAUCAGGGGAUGUAGUCGGCCUCUCGUGGUCGUCGACAGGCAAAAGGUUUGCUGCUGGGUCUAUUGCGAUCACAGACAAUCGUUCAAUGCAGUACAAUAUGAGCAGAAAUCUACUAGUUGGCGACUACGAGAAGACAGAACUGCAAGAGCUCGUGGAACACCAUGUCCCUCGUCCUCUGGUCGAGGAAGCUGACAAUCCUAAUGCACUUGGUGCGAUGCGCCACACUCAAGACCCCCGGCUGUUCUUGACAGUUACAGCCACUGGCUUUUCGCCAGCGCCGGGUCAGGAGGACUACUUGUUCACUGCAGGUACCGAUAAAAUGCUGCGCAGGUAUUUGGUCGGAUCAGAUAUCUCCCACACAAGGCCCGAACACGCUGUUGAGCAUGCUGCAUCUGUGGAUCUAUUGGCCAUUCACCGCGAGGGAAUCAUUGCGACAGGCUGCCACUCUGCGUCUGAUAGUAUCAACGUAUUCAGAAGCGGCCAAGCCGGUCUCGAUAAUGUCUGGACAGGCUCGCCGAAGCGGCAGGAUCUGCAGACGACCGCAUCCAUCUUUCCAUUAAGUUUGAAGUGGGGAGAAGCAUAUGUUCAUCGCAACUUCUUGCUCGCCGGAUUCAGCAGCGAUAGCAAUACCAGCAUUGAGGACCAACAGCUCGCAGGCGAGACUGCUCUGUGGGACAUGGUACAUCAGAAACAACUCGAGAUCAAAGGCACGAUCAGAAACGUGUUUGACGUGUGCUGGAAUCCCAGGCCUAGCUCAAGUUCAGUGGUCUUUGCCGUAGCUUCGAGUGCUACUGGCAUGGACUUUAGUCGCAGAAUGCGAACAGCCGUGAGCUGUUUCGCACCAAGCCAGCCACUUUCGGCUGUGGUGAGAUGGCAAUGCCCUGCUUUAGACAUCAACGACGUUGUGAUCUGUCCAUACGACAAUCACUUGAUUGCGGCGGGAGCUACGGACGGCAAAGUGUACGUUUGGGAUCAGCGUUGGGCAGGAGCAGGACAAUCUCCACUCCACGUGCUGUCUCACGACGACUCUCUGAAUGUUUUGCCCCAUGGCUACGACAAGGAAUUGACAGACACUGGCGUUCGCUUCCUCUCCUGGGGAACGACCAGCUCUCGGCUCUUCUCUGGCUCUUCGGACGGUGUUGUCAAAGUAUGGAACCCCUACAGAUCUGCUGAUAAUGCACAUGUCGAGGAUAUCAAUGUGCCUCGCCAGCACAGGUCUGCUAUUAUGUCGGGCACCUUCAGUCCUGACUAUCGGGAGCUGCUUAUCGGAACUGAGAACGGUCGAAUCAAUGUCUUCAAGAUGGGCGGAGCGGUGCGCAGACCGCAGCAAUUCAAACUGCACACUGCAUCAGAGCCGGAUUCCAACCCUCAUCACGUUCUCGAGGCUGCUAAUGCACAGAUCAAGUCAAGGGCUAUUGCUGUUCGUCCGUGUGGCGCAAUGCCGAUCAAACAGGCUGUGCAAGGCGAAUUCUAUCAGGGUCCUUUCCAAGCGCCAACCAGCCGUGAUUGCGCGAAUGCAGCGCGAAAUUUGCAGCAAGCUCUGGAUGCGCAAGCCGAUCUGGCGGCCAAUCUUGCACAACAAGGAGGCAUCGAUUGUCAUGACCCAGCAUUGUUAGAGAAAGCGCAAAGCCGUGUUCGUGACGCACAAGCAGCUAUUGAAGAUCUGCAGAGCCGUGCAGACUUUGCUGCGCAGUCGAGACCACGAGCGGAAGCGUUCCAACACAGCCUUCAACAGUCAAGAAAAGAGCGAAAGGACUUGCUGGCACGUGCGCGCGAGGUCUUUGCAAAUGACGCGGGGCCGUGCAAGAGUGAUUGCGCAUAUCUGCCGACUUCAGAUGAGCUCGAGGACAACAGACGCUCCGAGCUUCGUAUCCCCGGCGUGCUGAGGAGUAUCGGGAAUGAAGAGUUGACGCUUGCUCGAAUGCACGAUAGUGAUCAAGCUGCCGAGCGAUGCUCGAAGUGUUUUCCUCUUCAAGCACAGAGAAAGGGCAAGGGCAGUCAGCGCGAGCUAUGCUUGACCUGCAAGCUUGAUCGUAUGCGCUUGACCACAGUAUGCAGCUUAUGCUCUUCUCCUGCUCGGGUGGAAACGGAGCCGAACAAACAACCUCUAUGCGAGGCGUGUACAUUUGCUUGCUUUCGAUGCUCAGGGCCUGUCAAGUUCUCGCGGGGCGCGCGCUCGCUCAGAUGCGAGUCUUGUAAACUUAGUUGGAAUGCCGGUGUUCUCGGCUAUGAAUUGGUCACCAAAGCAGAAAAAGCUCCAAAGGUAGAUGCUCCCCAGGGCCAUAGUAUGAUGCCGCUGUAUGAGCAAUAUGACGACUUGGGAGCCCUAGAGAGGGAGCGCUUGGCAGAGAAUUGGGAAUGUUGA